GUAACAACGACGAAGUGCAAAAAUGACGGUGAAUAUUAUCAUUACAGGUGCUAAUAGCGGUGUCGGAUUCGGUAUAGCCUUGAGAUUGAUAGACCAACUUUAUAGAGAAGACAAACCAGAGGAUGCAAUCGUCAGCUCAGAUAUACACCAACAGGUUAUAGAUACUGGUUUAACACUCAUUUUAGCUUGUAGAUCACCAUCAAAAGCUCAGAACGCUAUCAAUCAAUUGAAGGAAUACCAGAAUAGUAAGGCGAUCUGUACCGUUGACCUAGAAUUGGUAUACGAGCAUUGCGACCUUGGUACUGUAGAAUCAUCAGUCGAUUUCGCAACUAGGAUAAAGCAGAAAUACUCAUCGUUAUCAUCCAUCAUUUGUAACGCAGGUGCAGGUACAUUCACAGGCUUAGAUUGGUUGAAAGCCUGUCAACAGAUUGUAACGAAUCCUAUCCAAGCACUCACACUCCCAAAUUACAAGUUACAAUCAAAUGGUACAACAUCAGCUGAUAGUAUCGGUUGGGUAUUCCAAACAAACAUCUAUGGACACUUUAUCAUAGCCAAGGAACUAGAAAGCUUACUCGAAAAGGAGUCACAAUCGUCCAUCAUUUGGAUGUCCAGUUUAGAAGCUGCGAAAUGUGAUUAUGACAUAGACAACGAUUUCCAAUUCAUUAAGAGUAACUACUCUUAUGAAAUCUCUAAAUACCUCACUGAAGCUCUAGCUAUCGGCUUAGAAGAUCACUAUCGGGAGCAGAAUUCGACAAUACAUUCGGUUAUAGUACACCCAAGUGUCGUAUGGUCUAGCAUAUUCUAUGAUCAUCUUGGCUGGCUGCUCGAUUUAUUGAUGGCUAUCUCAUUCUACUUCGCUAGACUUCUCGGUUCACCUAACCAUCUGAUAUCUGCAUUCUUAGGUGCGAUUUCAACAACGACUGUGCUGCUUAACUUGGAUAAACACACCGGGAAGGAUUUGAGAUACGCUUCACAGUGUGAUAGAUUUGGUAAUCCCUAUGUUACAGCCCAAGAUACCGUAGUACAAACAGUGGAAGAAGAUUAUAAGGGAUAUUCUAAAAAAGUUUUGCGAAAGUUCAACGAUUUGUAUACCAGAAUGUAAUUUGAACCCUUUAUAGCAAACAAUCAUCAUGUCAAGACGUGAGUCAAAAUGAUGUGAUUGUUGGGUCUACUAAGUAUUUUAGCACUCAGAGUAGGAUAUGUACCAGAACACUUUCAAUCACCGCUUUUACAACUCGCUGGGAAAGACAACGGAAAGUCAUUUGUUUUAGUACCUUGCCCUAGUGGAACAGGACAGAUAAUCAAUGCGUUUAAAAAUGAUGAAAUUGACGUCUCUCUCGCCCUCACUGAGUCUUUGUUAGCCGGUAUCGCGAAGGGAGCUACAGAGUUUAAAUUCGUGGGUACAUACAUAGAAUCACCACUCAAUUGGGCAGUGAUAACUGGUGCUAAUGCACCAUAUACCUCUAUAAAGGAUUUGGAAGGUACGACGAUUGGUAUCAGUAGAAAAGGAAGUGGUAGUGAGGUUAUGGCGAAUGUUAUGGCUUUACAAAAGGAAUGGAAGAACCCUCCAAAGUUCCUCAUUAAUGACAAUUUUGCUAAACUUCGCCAGAGUGUUAAUGAUGGCAGCACUUCUUGCUUCAUGUGGGAAUGGUUCACUACUUUACCAUAUGUUAAAACUGGUGAAGUUAAGUUCAUCGGUAAUCAACUCACACCAUGGCCAAGUUGGAGUAUAGUUGCUAAACCAUCCCUUGAUCGCAGUCUUGUUGCUCAAUUCGUUGAUAAUCUCGACCAAGCUGUUAGAGCAUUCGAUGAGAGCAGAACUUCAGGUGAGGCUGUUGAUUACGUCGCUAAGACUUUCAAUUAUGAUAAGCAAGAUGUCCAAGAGUGGAUCAAGGGUGUUACGUACUCAAAAUCACACCUUCGCGUCGUUAAGAAGUCUGUCGUUGAAUCUACGUUAGACACACUAGUAGAUGCGAAAGUGAUUGAAAAGAAUGGUGAAUGGGAUAUCAGCCAAUUUGUCAAUAGGGAUAUUGCAACUGUUGAAUAAAGUGUUUACAAAAAAAUGAUAAAUAUUACGUCUAUAUUAUGCACUGCUUCUUUGAUUGUAAAAUGAUAUAGUCCUUAACCACGCUGGAUGAAUUGAAGAUACUGUUCUGGCGUAAGUUGCGGUUGUCAACGUGAGCUCAUUGUACAUGAUACAAGGUGCUUUACGCUGUAAGAGACAAGAGGUUGGAUGUAUCUUGACUAAUUGCUGGUUGACAAUUUGGCGAUAUGUUCCAUCACCUUGUCUAAGUGCAACAUUUUGGAACAUACCCUCAAGAACACACUUGAGAAUCAAUUCUUCAUCUGUCGUCGAGAGCUCUACAUCCAUACCCUCCUUCUUACAUUGAUGUUCAAGUUGACCGCGUAUAUCUUUCGCGCGUCUUAACGUACGUUGACUCAACUUGUUUGAUUGACACCAUUCUUUAACGUCGACAAUCGUACCUGCUUUGACGACAUCUUGGUAAGCAUUCCAUAUGUUGAGAAGUGCAAUGUGGUCACCGUGGCGACUUGCGAAGCGCUCGCGAGUGUUGUCAUCUCCUUCAUUUGUCGUUGAUGUGUAGAUUGGCGAGUCAACUGAAAGAAGAGCACAUAACGAGAGGAUAUUGGAAACACAACCACCACUUGAUGCACUUAGAAGCAUUUUUGCGAUUGCUGGAUCAAGUGGCAUACCAGCUAUCCUGCGACCAAGUUCUGUUAUGCAUCCAUCGCAAUCUAAGGCUCCCAAACCAUAUAAACUCAUAUUAGCUUGUUGGAUUGCCUCCGUAGAUGGUGUAUCUAACCACUCAAAUUCUUCAUAUGUUUUUUCACUAAUCGCUUUCAAUUGUAGAAUAGCGAAAUUUAAAUUCGUACGCUCAAUUUCAGGUGAUGUUGUGUUAGAUAAUCCUAAGAAUGUCUUCUCGGUGUAUAAUCUAUAACAGUUACCGGCACUUUCACGACCAGCUCUACCUGCUCUUUGCAUAGCUGCUGAUUUACUGAUCGGUUUAACGAAAAGAGUGUCAAUACCUACACCACCAUUGGACGUAUAGAACUUCCUUUCACGUGCAAGUCCAGUAUCAAUUACAUGCUUGACUCCAGCUAUCGUUAUAGACGUCUCAGCAACGUUAGUGGAAAGAAUCACUUUACGAGUAUUUUCUGGUGUUUGUUCAAAAACCUUCUGUUGUUGAGAUGGAGAGAGUGAGGCGUAGAGUUGUAAUAUAUUAAGAUCGCAUUUGAGUGUGUUAUUAUCCGCAUAGAGCUUCAAUGAGGCUCCGAGAGUUUGAAUCUCCUCCUGACCAGGUAAGAAAACGAGUAUAUCGCCUGGUAGAGGAGCAGACUGGUGUAUUUGUAGGAUUGUCUUGAGUGAAGCAUCAAGAUAAUCUUGUAAGUCCUCUGAGCUAUUGUAAAUUGUUACAGGGUGUUGACGUCCUUUUACAUAGAGAACUGGAGCGUUGUUGAAGAAAUGAGAAAACUUCUCAGCAUCGAGUGUAGCACUCAUGAUAACCACUUUGAGUGGAUCCAUAGAUGCUGCUUUACGCCUUUCCAUAAUUGACUUGAGUGUACCAAUAAUUAAAUCCGUCCGAAGUGUUCUCUCAUGUGCUUCAUCGAUCAUUACAACACCAUAUUGAGAUAAGAGUGCAUCAGAAAGUAGCUCACGCAUGAGCAUACCAUCUGUCAAGUACUUUAAUCUAGUACCUUUCCAAGAUUUAUCGUCAAAUCUAACGGAAUAACCGACUAAACUACCACAUUGGGUGCCAGUUUCUGUAGAUACACGUUGAGCAAGACUCAUGGCGGCAACACGACGUGGUUGAGUGACACCUAUUUUCUGUUUUGUUAGGCCACUUUCGAGUAAAAAUUGCGGUAGUUGUGUUGUUUUACCUGAACCUGUUUCACCAAGGACGACAACAACUUCGUGAUUGCGUACAGCAUCUAUGAGACCAUCCCUGCCAGUCCAAAUUGGUAAUGCUUGCCUCGUUUCCAACAUUUUAGCCCUGAGUGCGAAAUCGACAUUCUUAGAAGCCUUCCGUCUGGCUUUUUUUGAGUGAGUUUCGUGUGUAUCAUUUACUGUAGCAUCCUCGUCAUUGUCGUUCUCUU